UUGUGACUAUUACAUCCCGUGUGACGUUUCAGCAAGAUGUCAAGGGCUCGACAUGAAUGCACACAAGCGCGGGGAUGUUAUUGUUAUUAAACCCCAAAACGGGGUUAUGAAUUGUUCACGUGAAACACCUUUAAGUCGGCCUGCCUUCGGAACACAAACGCACCGGCCGGCAUCCUUCUAUUGAGCUUUCAGCCCGGCUGGCGAAAUGAGCCCGCCAAGUGUCCGAGACUGGACGCCCAAGCACGUGGCCAAAUGGUUGAAGGAUGAGGGCUUCUGCGACUAUGUGGGCCUGCUGUGCCAUGAGCACCGGUUGGACGGCAGCAGCCUGCUGGCCCUCAGCGAGUACGACCUGCGUUCGCCUCCCCUACAGCUCAAAGUGUUGGGCGACAUCAAGCGUCUCAUGGCGUCCAUUCGCAAGCUUCAGAAGCAGAACCUGGAUGUGCUGGAGGAGCUGGGUCUGCCGUUUGACGGGCACUCCCCCACUGGUUCGGGUGACUGGUUCUGCAACGGCGAGGUUGCGCGGGACUGCGACGGCGCCGACAAAGCACCUGUCGGGGAGGAGUACCAGAAGUACACCAACGGCAAAUACAAGCAGCAGACGCGACGGUUGGAUCCGGAGUUCUGGAAGACUGCGCUGAGUUCAGUCUAUGUGGUCUUGGUGUUUGGCGUCACCUCCUUCGUCAUGGUCAUCGUGCAUGAAAAGGUCCCCGACAUGGCCACCUACCCGCCUCUCCCCGACAUUGUCCUGGACAAUAUGCCUCGAAUCCCAUGGGCUUUCGCCAUGGCGGAGGCGUGCGGCGUCAUCCUGUGUAUCAUCUGGCUGCUGGUUCUACUGCUGCACAAACAUAGGUCCAUUCUCCUUCGCCGCAUGUGCAGCCUCAUGGGUACGGUGUUCAUGCUCCGCUGCGUCACUAUGUUCGUCACUUCCCUGUCCGUUCCGGGACAACACCUGCAGUGCACCGGAAAAAAGUAUGGCGAUAAGUGGGCUAAGCUGCAGCGUGCCGUGGCCAUCUGGAGCGGCUUCGGCAUGACGCUGACAGGCGUGCACACGUGCGGCGACUACAUGUUCAGCGGGCACACAGUCAUCAUCACUUUGCUCAACUUCUUUGUCACCGAAUACACGCCACGCAGUUGGCACUGUAUCCACACUCUGUCAUGGGUGCUCAACUUAUUCGGCAUCUUCUUCAUCCUUGCGGCGCACGAGCACUACUCCAUUGACGUCUUCAUCGCCUUCUACAUCACCACACGCCUCUUCCUCUACUACCACACGCUAGCCAACACGCGCGCCUACCAGCAGAGCCGCCGGGCGCGCAUCUGGUUCCCCAUGUUUUCCUUCUUUGAGUGCAACGUCAACGGGCCCGUGCCCAACGAGUAUUGCUGGCCCUUCUCGCGACCCGCCAUCCUCAAAUUAAUCAUCGGGUAGAGAGAGCCGACAUCCGUCCGAAUGAACUUUUGCAGACAGCCUUUUACUAGUGGUUUGAUUGCGAGUAAGAAGCCGCCAAAAUUACACGUGUCCCUUUUGUCUUAAGUAUGAGUCCAUUUGCCAAUAACCUUGCUCUUUGCCAUAGUUUCCUUGUGUAGAAAAGUAAAUCAAUAAAAAUAAGUCUAGGGCAUUUUCCUACAAAGGGCCGUACUACUUUGCAACCGGAGAAUACAGUGUUAUGCCACACAAUGGAUUGUAAUUGAGGUAAGACGUUAGUGUUUUAUGUUGAAAAUGUAUCGUGUUUCCGGAUGCAAAUUGAUGGAAAGUAAAGAGCGGCAUUUAUUUGUGUGUUUUUCGUAAGAAUUGCACAGUGGACCAGAUCAAAUGUUCUGGUGGAGCCAUAUGUUGUCCACAUGUUGCAGGUUCACACCCCUGACAUUUAGUAUUAAUGCCAACAAAAUGUUACUGAGUUGUUUUAUGGGGGUGUCUCUCAAAUGUAUGUUAAUUUAUUCAUUAUCGUGUUUUUUUGUUUGUCUGUUUUGAGUUUGGAUCUGCGCACAAGAGACUAAUGUUUACAGUUGCUCAAAAUGGCGACAUGCUUUUUUCCCCCUUUUGUGUUAUGAUUUUUCUGUUGGCAUUUGUUUCCGUGAUAUGUUUAAAAAAUAAAAAAAAAAGUAGAAAAAAAGUACCAAGCCGCACUUGUGGUUUCACACCUUAAUUCAUGAACAUUAAAUGGAAGUAUUGUGGAAAAUUGAAUUUUUAAUAUUUGUAUAUAAAUUUGUGGACAUUUAAAAGCAGGAAAUAUGUACCGUUCUUAAGUGGUAAGUGUAACAUGAUUAUUUGAUAAGAGUUGGUGGUGGGGGAUAAUUCAUUGUCUGAGACUGGUCGACGCUUGUGCUAGUUCAACCAUAGAAAACCUAAGUACAGUAUUCUUUAUCCUUUGGAGUAAUUUAAAGACGGCAUGCCAUAGACAUGCCAGCAACAUGUAAUUUAGGAAUGUUUUAAAUUGUGAGCAAACUCCGUAUGCCUCCAUUAUCGGCUGAUACAGACCACAGUUGCAUUUUUGAAGGAAUAAACAGGCGAUUUAAGAGACGGAUAUAUAUUUGUGGUUUGUAAGUAAAGCAUUUCGUUCUCAAAUUUUAAUAGCAAACUAAAAUUUAAUAUGGGCUACCCCCGUUACCAUAGUGAAUUAGAGGCAUUCUGAUUAUGCCUGUGUAUAAUUCGUAAGAAAUACACAUUUGGGGUUAAAACUAUGACAGGAAAUGUGGAAAUCUUUA